AUGGAAAAACUGUUCGGUUAUCUGUUGUUCAUUGGCAUGGCGGUGAGAGCUGAGAUCUGUCCUAAGCGCUGUGCCUGUCAGAAUCUAUCUCCAAAUCUCGCAACCUUGUGUGAUAAGAAAGGGUUGCUCUUCAUCCCACCGAACAUCAACCGAAAGACCGUUGAAUUAAGGCUAGCGGAUAAUUUUGUUACCAGUAUAAAACGGAAAGAUUUUGCAAACAUGACAAGUCUGGUGGAACUGACUCUGUCCAGGAAUACAAUAAGUUACAUCACACCUCAUUCUUUCGCCGACUUGCGCAAUUUAAGAGCAUUGCAUUUAAACAGCAAUCGAUUGACUAAAGUCACCAAUGACAUCUUUGCCGGGCUUUCCAAUCUCCACCAUUUGAUACUUAACAAUAACCAACUGAUAUUAAUUUCACCAACCGCCUUUGAUGAUGUUUUAGCUUUGGAGGAACUUGAUUUAUCUUAUAAUAACCUGGAGACCAUACCUUGGGAGGCAGUGGAAAAAAUGGUCAGCUUGCACACUCUUAGUCUUGAUCACAACAUGAUUGAGCACAUCCCAAAGGGAACUUUUUCCCAUCUUCACAAGCUAAAUAGAUUAGAUGUAACAUCUAACAAACUGCAAAAAUUACCACCAGACCCCUUGUUUCAGAGAGCACAGGUGCUAGCAACCUCAGGGAUGAUAAACCCUUCCAUGUUUGCGUUAAGUUUUGGUGGAAACCCCUUACAUUGCAACUGUGAAUUGCUAUGGCUGAGGCGCCUUUUGAGAGAGGACGACCUGGAGACAUGCGCGUCACCACCCCUCCUUUCGGGACGUUAUUUUUGGUCCAUCACAGAAGAAGACUUCUUAUGUGAGCCACCACUUAUCACAAGGUAUACACCAGAUGUGGAAGUCCUGGAAGGUCAAAGAGCAGUCUUAAAAUGCAAAGCCCUUGGAGACCCUGAACCUGCAGUUCACUGGAUAUCCCCCGAAGGAAAGUUAAUAUCCAACGGAACAAGGAUUUUGGUUUACGACAAUGGAACCUUAGACAUUGUUAUAACUACAGUCAAAGAUGGAGGCCCUUUUGCAUGCAUAGCUUCUAAUCCUGCUGGAGAGACAACAAAAACAAUCAAUCUUCACAUAAUCAAACUCCCUCACUUAGUGAAUAGUACAAACCACAUUCACGAGCCAGAUCCUGGAUCAUCAGACAUAUCGACGUCUACUAAAUCUGGUUCCAAUUCAAGUAGCAGCAAUGGAGAUACAAAACUGAGCCAAGACAAGAAGGUGGUGGUGGCAGAAGCAACGUCAUCGACGGCACUCAUUAAAUUCAAUUUUCAAAGAAAUAUCCCUGGAAUACGAAUGUUUCAGAUACAAUACAAUGGCACAUACGAUGACUCCCUCGUCUACAGAAUGAUACCUCCAACAAGCAAGACAUUCCGUGUGAACAACUUGGCUUCUGGAACAGUCUACGACCUGUGUGUCUUAGCAAUUUAUGAUGAUGGAAUUACAUCCCUCACAGCCACAAGGGUUGUUGGCUGCAUCCAAUUUACAACUGAGCAAGAUUAUGUCCGUUGUCAUUUUAUGCAGUCCCAGUUCUUGGGAGGUACCAUGAUAAUUAUAAUAGGUGGAAUCAUUGUGGCCUCAGUCCUUGUUUUUAUAAUUAUCUUGAUGAUUAGAUAUAAGGUUUGCAAUGGGAAUGAACAACACAAAGCGACAAAAGUUAGUAAUGUAUAUUCUCAAACCAAUGGCUCUCAGAAUCAAAGUUGUAGUGCAUCAAUGCCUCCGUCAGCUUCCAAGCAAGUGGUAGGACAUGACGAGAGUCCACAAUGUUGUAAGUCAACAGACAGCGGGGCGCCAUCUUCCGACACCUGUUCAAGCCAAGGUGCGGCCGCUACUACCUCUGCUUCGCCCCAUACCUGGACUUCAAACGCUUCGGCCUCACUGAAGCAGAAAAAAAAACCACAAUUAAAACCCACAGACUCACAGUCUGAAACUGUUUUAAAUAUGGAGUCCCAAAACACAAAUAGAAAUAAUUCAACUGCCCUUCGGUUAACUAAUCGCCCCACUGGGUCACCAACCUAUAAAAGAGCACAAUCAAGGCCAAGUAAGUUCCUUACCUUACCAGCAGACACUUCUAGAGCCAAGAGGAGGUACUCUCUAAAUGCUGAAAUUAUGGAGUACCAUUGUUAUGUAAACUCUCGCAACACAGGUGGACUGUGGUCAAAGAGGAGCAUGUCCAUGAAUGGGAUCUUGGUCCAGUCAGAUAAUUCGGACAUGGACAGUGGAAAAGCGACUUUUUCAAGUUCUGAGUGGAUAUUGGAAAGCACUGUGUGA